AUGGCAGUAAGGCGUGGUGCAACAGCAGCAGUCAUGCCAAGGGGAGGUGCUUCUCACAAAGAUGUGCUGACACUGCAGCAGUCGUGCCAAGGGGUGGUGCUGCUCAGAGAGGUGACGUGGACCACAUGGCUCACCAUGGCAGUAAGGUCCAAGGCCACACCAACAUUCCUGCCAAGGGAUGGUGCUUCUAAGAGAGGUGCUGUGGGCCGUGCGGCAGUACGCCGGACUGAAGCAGCGAUGGCAGCCGAAACAACAACAGGCAGUGCAAGGAAGAGCAAGUGGGGUUUCAGGUGCAGCAGGUGUGGUUGUGGCAACAGCAUCAACGUGCUUGCAGUAGCACUAGAGGACAGGAGGGGAGGAGGGGAGGAGGCAGAAAGGGAGGGACGAGGGAAGAAAAUAAGUGGUCACCCAGAGGCAACAACACCAGCAACAACCGCAAUAGCAGUAGUAGCGAGGCAUAUUUAG